AUGGUCCAGGAGCAUGAGCAACAAGGAAGCCAGGUGACGGAGCUGCAGGGAGAGCUGGCUGCCCAGACACAGCGGGUGGAAGCCCUGGAGGCAGAGCUGCAGGGUCUGAGGCAGUUGUUGGGGCAAGAUGCAGAGGAGAGCGAGGAGAAGGAAAAGAAAGAAGUUGAAGCAUCGCCCCAGGUCCAGGAGGCUCCUGAUGGCCAUGGCCCCAAGCCCACGCACUGGAGGUGCGUGUGGCGCCCCGGCAUGGAUAUCAGGAGCGAGCGUACGGUGCAGCGCAAGGGAGUGGUGGGCUUCCUGAGCUGUGGCGAAGUCUUCAAUGUGAUCCAAGAGUGGCGAGGCAGAGAGGGCACCCUCUUCCUCAAGCUUGCCGGUAACAAGGGUUGGGUCUUCGACAAGACCCGUACCGGCACCUUCUGCGUGCCAGUGGGAAGCGAGUGGCAGGACUGGCGAGGUCCUGAGGGCCACAAGGCCUGGACGGCCAACAACAGAGACCAGCACGGAUCCUGGAACAACGCCCCCAGCGGGAAUGGUCGCGAUCGCGGAGGCGACAAGUGGAAGUGGGCAUGCGAUCACAAUGACCGUGGUUGGGGGAGCAGCAAGGAGUCCAGCUCUUCUUGGAAAGGCCAAGAAGACAAGUGGGCAUGGAAGCAGAACGAUCGUGAUACUUGGCGCCAUGAGCAUGCAGGGAGCGGCAACGAGUGGAAGUCUGGGGGCUACAACGGCCAGAACAAGACGGAGUCACACAAGAAUUCGUGGUGA